AUGAGGAGCAUACAACAAGGAAUAGGUAUGUAACAUCUGGUAGUCGGUCUCAGUGUAGAGACUUACGUGCUAAGAUCUAAUGCUUGCUUUCUUAAAUUAAGGACUGUACGCGGGGCUUAAAUACGGUUCCUAAUUUAGUAACCAGAAUGAACUCUAAAAAAAUCGACGGCAAAGAAAAAAUCUCAAAACGUCUCAAAAUAUUUUACGAUCUGAUUCAUGCAGUAACAAGUACAGUCACUUCAACUUUCAUGCUCAUAGUAGCACAUGACCAUAUUUGUUUAUUUUUUUUUUCUGAGUUCUGUAAAAUUCAAUUUCAAAACUCGAUUGGCUUGUUAAAUCUUUCCAUUGAAAAAGAUUUCCUUGUUACGAGUAAAUUCAGUUUAAGGUUCGCUUCUGCCCUAGGAAUUGGAAGUCAGAGUCUGGUCAAUGGCAUGAUCGACGGCUAUAUUUAGCUUUUUUAAAAAAAAAUGGCCUCCUGAAAGAUCAGUUCAUGCAGAGUUUUUGGCUGGUUUAUCGCCCUUAGUGUCUAAAAAUCAAUUCAUUUUCGUGGAAAUCAAUAUCUACGGAAAUAGAAUCAUCCUCAGGCUUAACCUAUGAAAUCAAACAAAUCGUAUGACACAAAAUAGCAAAAAUAAAAUCGAAUAGGAUAAUGUAUUUUCAUUAACUUUUUACGCUACUGAAAGUGAGCACAACCUACAUAGAUUUGAACAGGUUUCAAUCGAUUAACACGCUUAGAAUCAGAAUUCAAGGAGCUGAGAGAUAGAUCCCCCAUACUUUUUUGUGUGCGUUGUCUUCAGUCAUGAUUUCGAAAAGCAAAGACAAAUUCCUUUUUAGCCUGAUCAAACGACAACACCCGGUAUAGUUCCUUUUCCGAAAAUGGGAACAUAUUAGCAAGACCGGCAACAAAUCAAUCUGAUUGGUUGAUUGCAGUUUUGGAGUCCUUCCUGACGGAUCUUAAGUCUUAAGACUCCCCCUAUUGAUCGGUUGGUCGGUCAUUAGUUUGGGCGGGAAGAAAAGGGGUGGGGGGGGGGAAUGGUUCGAAGGAGUUGUGUCUCGAUAACACUUACCUGAUCCCCCAACAACGCUCUGUAAUAUUUUUAUGACUCUCCCCCCUUCCCCCCUUCUUCGUCAUUAACCCUAAGUUGUCGCGAACUUUUUGUCAUUAUUCUUUCAGUGUAUCAUGUUUGUAGUUUUUCCCUCAAUCACUAGGUUAUUUAAGUCUGUAACUAAGCCUUAUAGCAUACCAUAGCUUGAGUGACUUCACACCGCAUAAUGACUUCUUUCCUUCAGGCUCAGCUCUGCUGUUUCUGGCACUUUCUGUGACUUUUGAACUUCUAUCAUCAACGUGUGCAGACCCAGUGAAUUUCCAAAACUACACUACUGUUCACUUGAAAGGAGUAAAGGGAGUAGAAGUACCAAAACAAGUAACAAAUAACAGGACAUCAGAGACGCGUAAGUAAUUAUGAUUCUCUAGUCUCGUACGCGUGUUGAUACUUCUCGCUCACUUUAAUUUAUCUUUAUUAUUAUUAUAAUAAUCAUAAUUAUCACUAUUACUAUUAUUAUCGUUAUUAUUCUUACUAGCCAAAAACUGUGCUGAACUUUACAAAUCCGGUGAAAGAAUCAGUGGUGUUUACACAAUCGACCCAGAUGGUUCAGGUGCCUUCAAUGUAUAUUGUGACCAUAUGACAGCUGGUGGGGAUGGACAGUGA